GUAGGCCGGACAAUCAAAGGCUGCAUUGUGCAUUGAGCAGACCAGAGGCUCUCUGGUGCCUGGGAGGAGGAGGCAGGCUAGGAAGGCUCCCCCCUCUCCAUCCUCCUCCAGGACUGCCCUGACGUGUGUUCCCUGGGGCCCCGGGCCUGGCUCCCGGAUGAUGGUGGACACAUGGGCUGCUGUUUCGGUGUUCCCCGGCAGAGGAAUGUAUGUCCGGGCCCAGGUAAAGAGGCUCCUUCUAAUGCACAAACUCCAUCCAAUGGACUCAGACAGUCAGCAAUACCAACAAAAAGCAAGGGAAAAUGUCUCCAGUCACAGUCUAUGACAUCAGAGAUCCCCCUCUCUUUCUCUGUGUAUAGCCUCUCUGGGCGGGGAAUCAAUGAACAACUGCAAGAGGCUGCAAGAAAAAGGUUAUGGGCCAUGGAGAAUGAUAAAGAAGUCAACGCAUUGUUUAAGGAACUCUCGGCACGGCUUGUCUCUAUACAAGUUGAUAAAGACCAGUUCAUUAUCACUUUCAAGACUAUUGAGGAAAUAUGGAAGUUCUCAACAUAUCUGAAUCUAGGCCAUGUGUCUUUCUGCCUGGAGCAGCUUCUCUUUGACCACAAUUAUUGGCUUAAAUGCAAAUUGGUAGAAGAUACUAAGAUCCAUGUCACAGUCAAUGAAGAACAUCUGGAGGCCAUCUAUCAAGCUCUCUUGUUUCAGGAAGGCCAUUUUUCCAGAACUCUCCAAACUGUCGUUCAUUCAGGAGAAAAGGAAGGUGGAGAGUACCUGAGGCUCUGCAAAAAUGAAUUGAUCUAUGUCAAGAACAACAAAGAAGGAACAGAAUGUGAAGGCACAUCCUUACAGACUGGUCUUCGGGGCCUGGUGCCUGUCACAGCUAUAGAGCCCCUAUCCCUCCCCUUCCACCAAUGGUUUCUGAAAAACUACCCGGGGACCUGUGGCAUCUAUAGGAAGAUUGAUUGGACAGGCUCUUAUCAAAUUGGUAAAGGAAAAUGUAAAGCGUUGAGGGAUUACCAAGGAGAGGAAAAAGAUGAACUGACCUUCUGCCAAGGAGACAGCAUCGAAGUUUUUGGCUUUCUCCUUUCAGGACUUCGCUGGUUUAUUGGGAAAUUGUCUGCAACUGGGGAGAUUGGUUUUGUCCAAACCAAACACGUGGCUCCUGAUUCUUAUAUUCCAUUGAGCAAGGCUACUGCUUUCCUUAGUGACGAGGAGAGAUUAUCCUUUUGGGACCCAGGAAAUGAGAGGGAAAGAGCCUGUGCUGACUUUCUCCGAUCUCUAACCCAUACUGACAUAUCUUCCAUCUACCGGCUCAGUGAAUCUUCCCAGGAUCCCUUUGAAACUCAGAUGACUAGCUUGGUGUCUAUAGCCGAAGGUUUCGAGGGAGGCCAGUCUGGCGAAGCUUGGGAGAAGGACACAGAGGUCAGCUCAGGACAAUGCAGUGACUCUGAGGAAUCGUCUCCAAGCUUGGACAGCUAUCACCUGCCUGAGCCAGAUGUCCUCGAUGAUCCUGAGGUCCUGAUGGAUCUGAGUUCUGGUCACGAGGAACAGGAUGAGACGGGUGCCGUCUUUCACCCUUUUCUGAACCUGCUGAACCAGGAGGGCUACACAGGCCACUUUGAGAAUCUCUAUGACCUUUCCUUCUCACUUCCUGCUUCUUCCUUCUAUGGUUUCUCGGAUGAAGAUGAGCUCAUCAGUUACCUGGUGACUUCCAGGAACUACGCCAAGCGGAAUCACAUGACGUGGGCUCAUGCCCGCCUCUGCUUCCUCUUGGGACGGCUCAGUGUCAAGAAAGUCAAGCUUUCCCAGGCCCGGGUGUACUUUGAGGAAUCGCUCCACGUCCUGAGCCAUGGUUUCAAGGAUCCAGCUCUGGUUGCUGCUCUCUAUAUUAAUUUGGCAGCUAUUUUCUUGAAACAGAAACUGAGGCCCCGGACGUCCUCUGUUCUGUUGGAGAAGGCAGCUUCUGUGCUGGCAUGCCUUCCCACUGGGGGAGUGAGAGCUGAAAAUGAGCUGGAAGUAGUGGCUCAUAUCCUGCGGGAGGCCAUCGCUUCAGGGAGCAGUGCCCUGGAGGCCCGCGCCUGCUUCCUGGCCAUCCGACUCUUCCUCACCUUGGGCCAAUAUGAAGAAGCCCUGCCCUUUGUAGAGCGCUUGUACCUACUUGCAGGACCACCCCCUGCUGCCAUUUUAAGCUUCUUGUAUGAUAAAAAGUACCUUCCCCACCUGGCUUUGGCUUCUGCCAGGCAACACAGCUCCCGAAGGACUCCAGGGAUGGCCACAUCUCUCUGGCAAGUCAGCCUGGUCCUGCAGAACGCAGGGAAGCUUUUCAGGUCCUCCUGCUCCUCUGGCUGUGGUGACAUUUCUGCCUUGGCCUGCCCUUCCCUUAGACAAGCCCUGGCUGCCUCUCAGGAGCAGGGAGACAUUAGGACCCAGAGGAUUCUUUGUAUCAUCCUUGCCAAAAUGUAUUUCCACCAUAACUUAUGUGAUGGAACCGUCUAUUACCUGACCCGAGCCAUGGCUCUGGGGCAGCUGCUGGGAGAGGAAGAUACCUUUGAGUCUUCCCUCUGCCUUGGCUGGGCAUACCUCUCAGCCCACUAUGCGGGGAGGGCUUUGGAAAUCCUGGAGCCCUUAUUCUCCUCCCUGCUGGAGACAGACAGCAUCCUCCAGAAGGGAGUUGUGCACAAUCUCCUAGGUCUUGCUCAUGAAGGAGUAGGCCAGGUGACUCAGGCAACCAAAAACUAUCACAGGGCUCUGGGGAUGGCUGAGGAAAUGGGUCAUGUUCGGAACCGGGCAGUGGCCUUGGCCAACCUGGGCCACCUAGUCUUCAAGUCUGGCAACCAACAGCUGGCAGAGAGCUACCUGACCCAGUCUGUCCAGCUGUACUCUAAGCUCCAGAGCAGCAGAGCCAUAGACACAGAACUGGGGCAUGUGAUGCAAUGGAUGGCCCAAAUCCUGGUAGAUAGGCACAAGAUAGAGGAAGGCCGUCUCUGCUAUGAGAUGACCUUGCUAUUUGGCCUGAAGCACCACCAUCUAAAGACCCAGCUUCAAGCUACCAAGUCUCUCUGCCAUUUCUACAGAACGGUGUCUCCAAAUUCUGGGGCCUGCAUAACCUACCAUGAGCACUGGCUAACGUUGGCUAAGCAACUCCAAGACCAUGAAACUGAAGGAAUAUUGCUGGAGGAACUCAGCCAACUUUACUUGAACCAAAACACAGCCACGUCCCUAAGACGUUCCCUUACCUGUAUCAAGGAGAGCCUGAGAAUCUUCAUUGACUUAGGGAAUCAGGCCAAGGCCUCUGAAGCCUGGCUGAUGGCUGGGCAACUACUCUACCUUUUGCAGGAGGAUGAACUGGUGGAAAUGUAUUUUCAGGCAGCCAUACAAAAUGCCCUGAAAUCUGAGGAACCUUCCUUAGCCCUAACACUUUAUGAACGAGCAGGGGAUGUGUAUUUCAAUGGAAACCGUAACAGAUACAGAGCAGCUGAAUAUUACAGGCGAGGAGCUGUCCCCAUAGCCAGGAGGAUAAAGGCUUUCAGCAUCGAGCUCCGCCUCUUCAACAAGCUGACGGAGCUGCAGCUCACCUUGCAGGGAUAUGACAAGGCACUGGAAUUUGCCACCUUGGCUGCUAGGCUCAGCACCAUUGCAGGAGAUCGGCUACAAAAACUAGUGGCUUUUCAUCGCCUGGCCACAGUCUAUUACUCUCUGCAUAUGUACGAGAUGGCUGAAGAUUGCUACCUGAAGACACUGAGCCUCUGUCCACCCUGGAUGUACUCUUCUCAGGAGGCACUGUACUAUGCUAAGGUGUACAGUCGCUUGGGCCACAUGACUCUUGACCAGCUUAAGGAUGCCCAUGAUGCUACAGACUACUUCCUGCUGGCCCUAGCAGCAGCUAUCCAACUGGGUGACAACAACUUACAGGACUCAAUUCGGAGGAAACUGAAGACCAUCACUCACAGUUCUUUGUGGUGUAGCAGCCCAGGGGGCCAGUCUGCAGAGCGGGCCAGGUGGUUGAGUGGAGGAGGACCUACCCUCUGAGAGACUCUUGAGGUGUUGUUGCAUGUCAACUGAAAGUAGUUUCCUUGAACUGGAGCUAUCAUGGAUUAACCUGGAGCCAUCAUAAAUUGACCUAGAGUCAUAAUAGAUUCUUAAAGUAUUAAGCUUGGAAGAGACCUGAGAACACAAGAUAUAGAAUAUCAGAGCAGGGGUCUUAGAACAUAGCAUGUUAGAAGUGGAUCGAACUUUAGAACAGAGAAUAUAAAACAUCAAAUCAGAGAAAGAUCUUAUAGAUCAUCGAGUCUGAUUACAUCUGAGUAAAAGAGGGACCCAGAAAAGUCAAGUGUCUGUGGUCACACAGUCAGUUAUCAGCAAAGGCAUCAUAUAAAAAACUAGGACUGUUGAUUUUGGGGCUGGGUCUCUUUGGUGAACCCUCUUUCUCAAUAGUUCAAAUUAGAGUCUUACUAGGUGCCUGAUCCUAGGAAAGUCAUUUAACUGCUCUGUCUCAGUUUCUUCAUCUGUAAAAUGAAAAUAAUAAUUGUGCAAUCCCCAUAGGAGUUGUUGUGAGGUUAAAAAUAAUUAACAUAUGUAAAGCACUUUGCAAACUUUAAAAGCAUUGUAUAAAUGCUAGCUAUUGUUAUUAUUAAUAGCACCUUGAAUAUAUGGCAGGUGUUUAAUAAAUUAUUAUUGGAUUUAAUUAUUUGAACUAUGAAAUGAAAGAUCUUGCUGCCAAGGGCUCCAAAAUGAGAAGGAAGUUUGGCAUUUCUAAGACCCUCUUGUGGGCUUUUCUCAGGGAAAGACCACGACUUGUUUUUUCUCCUAGGUCUAUGGUGGAGAAGAGAAUACACACUGUUCUACUCUCCUAUUCAAGUCAGAGCUCUACCUCUUUAACAAUGUUGAUUUGUUGACUAAUUGACUCAGAAUUCCAGAAUUUCAGAGCUGGAAGAACCCUCUAAGGCCUUCUAUUCUGUCCCUUGUGUGAACAGCAGUUCCAUUCUACAGCAUUUCUAAUAAGCUAUUAUUUAGCCUCUGUUUGAUUACAUUUGAUGACAGGAAGUUCCCUCUCUUACAUUCCACCUUUAUUUAGAUUUAAUUAUUUGGAUAUUUUUGCUCAAAUUGAGCCAAAAUCUCUCUGUUAUUGCCAGUUCUGCUCUCUGAGGAUAAGCAGAACAUGACUAAUCCCUUUUCCCUAUGAGUCCCUGUAGAAUUUUGAAGGCAUUUAUCAUGCUCCUUCAUCUCCCAAUCUAUUCUUCUCUAAGCUAAGUAGUCCUUGUUCUUUUAACUAGUUUCCAUCAGAAGAAUGCUGAUUUAAUUUGGGAACUGUAACUGUGGCACAUCUUCAUUUUUGUUUUCCAUUUUAGUGUUUAUUUAAUAAACACCCACAAGGGUUUCUGCUUUAUAUUUGAAGAAUUAAGGUGUGAGUGUUUCCGCCAUCAUGUGGUACAAUGGAAAGAGGAUUUAUUCUGGACUAGUCAGUCAGAAGAUCUAGGAUCAAAUCAUUGCUACCUGUGUAUUCUUGGACAAGCCACCCAAUUUAGUUGGGGCUUAGCUUCAACUGUAAAAUGAAGCUGUUGGAUUAGAUAGUCUCUGAAAUUCCCUUGUCUUCAUAGUUAAGAUCCUACAGUUAAUCAAUGUAAUUCACAGCCCUUCCCUGGAACAAUUGAAUUCAAUGAGCAUUUAUCAAACAGCUAUUAGGUUUAAGAAACUGUAUUUAGUCAUAGGAGAAGACAAAAAGUGGAUCCUAAUCUCAAGGACCUUCCAUUCUAAAUCCAUGCUUAGUAUAGAUAAUUGAAGAAUAGUGGAUGGAAAAAAAAAUCCAUUUUGUAGUCACCUCUUUAGUGAUAAGCAUCUUCUGUACAUAAAGCUAAACUAAUUCUCAAUGUAGAGACACACAGUCUAUUAACCAGGUCCAUAUUCGAGAACCUUCCUGGGACUACUCUCCAGUGAUGUAGUUUUUGAGGAUACAGAGUCACUUUUGUACCACAAAGAGGCGUGGAGGAGAAUUUUUAAGGGAGGAAAGACUUUCUGCUUUUAUGGAUCUUAUCUAUAGGAAUGGUGGUCCCUGCUUCUUGAGAACUGAUGGUCUACCAAUUUAUAGAUAAUUCACUCUAAUUCAGUUCAACAGUUGUGAAAACCCUUAUUUUGUGCAAGGAAUCAUUAUUCUUCUGUUAUCUCUCAUCUCCAUGAUUUGCACAAGCAUGCUUGGCCCUUUGCAUCCCUCAUGUAUGGCAUGAAUUUUCCCAGCUUGCAACCAGAAGGGGCCUCAGAUGGCAUUUCCUCUAAUGUCUUCAGUUUUCAUAUGAUGGUACUAAGACCACAGAGUUUAAGUGACUUGCCUGAGGACAUUCAUAUAAGUAUCAAAGUUAGGACUUGAAUUCAGAUUCUCUGAUUUCAAACUGAGAAUUCUUUUCCACUAUGAAUCAGUCUCUCAUCAUCAUUAAAAUCUGUUGAAAUCCCUCUUCUCUUUCAAGAUCCAGAUUCACAAGUACAAGAUGGAAAAGUUAUAAAUGGGUAGAAAACAAUUCUUCUGAAAAAAGAGUCUCUGCAGUAUAUAAAUUCAAUAUAAAUAAAUAGUAUGCCAUAGCAGCCACAAAAGUUAACAUGAUUUUAGGCUGCAUAAUGUAAGUUCUCUUCACCACUUGAGACAACCAAUUUUGUUGUUCCAGAAUUUGUUGUAAAGGAUUUCUUUUUAAACAGGAAAAAGUAAAAUAAAAUCAAUCAAUCAAACACAUUAAAUGUCCACUAUAUGCCAGAUAUUGUGCUAAGUGCUAAGAAUGCAAAGACAAAAAUGAAAUAAUCCCUGGUCUCAAGGGAAGGUUAAUAUGAGUUAUUAAAUAUUUUAAACCAUUACUUUAUUUAAGUAUUUGCAGUAAUUUGAACUGUGUAUUGCUAAACACAAGUCCUGCCUGAUCUACCUUAAUGAAGAUAUAUGAAUCAUUGUAAUUAGCAUAUUCUCUCUGGGUUUGUGAACUAAACAAAAGUUCUUUGCUUUUUUAAAAAGU